AUGGAGAGUUUGGCACAAUCACCUCUUCCGGGUGCCUCGACACUUCUGGAACUCCCUGUCGAGCUGAUUGACGGCAUCCUCUCAUGCCUGUCACCCUAUGACCUCUGCUCCGUGUCCGCCACCUGUCACACGCUGCGGCACCAUGCCUUGUCCGAUGUCUUAUGGCGGCCCAUUGUCCAGAGCAACGUGCCAGGCUCGACGGUGCGCAGCCCUCAUCCGUGUGAGUCAUUCCAACGCCUGUACGCCGAGCAUGACCGCCUGUGGUUCCUACCAAAAUAUAAAAUUUGGUUCUGCGAUCGUGACCUUCCCGGCAAGUUGAUCCUCGUUCGAUACGAUGACAGGCGUGGGUGCAUAGAAGGAUUUGAGCUGCUGGCCGUUAGUAAGAGGACGAGGUACGAGGCAUGGUCGGCGAAUAACCAAGUCAUGAUCCACAGCUUCGAACCCACGGUCCGACUGCACGUGGACAAACCCAUACUGCAGUUCAAGGUGGGCGAUAGGGACGAGGACGGCGGCUUCUCGACCCGGCCCGAGGCUAACCGCUUCGCCGACGAGAUUCCUAUGGUUCUCGACGACAGGCUCCAGCAUAUGUACAGCAACUUCCUGCUCAACAAACCUCUGAGCCAGGAAGAGGCCGAGAUGAGCCUGGUCGAGGACUAUCCCUACGGGUCCAUCUGGCCACCACCAGCAGUACCAGCACGACAGCAUGCGAGAGGCAUGAGAUCGGGCCAGUAUAGCCAAUGGCUCCGGACGUAUGACCGUCCCCGACGCAGAUGCGAGGUAUCGGACCAGACCUUUAGCAUCCGGCGAUGGAUACAGAUGGGCGGGGCCGUCCAUUCUCCGGUUGGUAUGGGCCUUGACCGGGUGGGCAGUGUUGCGGGAAGCAUUCCCAUCUCUGACAUGACGGGACGACAACCCGGUGGUGCCAUAGGAGCCCACAUUGGCGAGGAAGUCAUGACAUUUUCAACGCUAGACCCAGAGCUGUACAAGCCUACGCCCACCAGACCGUGGAGGGGAAUAUGGGUGGGUGACUAUUCAGGUCAUGGGUGCGAGUUCCUCCUCAUAAACCAGCCUGACGAGCCGGAGGCUACAGACGAAGAGCUCCAUCUCAUACGUGAAGAAGGCGAGAGCGAUGAGACGUGGGAGCGGAGGAGAAUGGACGCGCGCAUCUACCGCGGGCGGCUUGGGGCCAUCAAGCUCACGGGAGACCCCAAUGUGCCGCGCGGUGAGUAUACAUUUGCUGCAGACGAUCUAGGGCCAGAUGGAUUCGUUGGUCUUGCAUCAGAGCCUCCUUUUGAAGGCGUGAGGGUGGUUAGGAGUAAAGGUCAUAUUGCGCAUACGGGAUUUAUACAGGACAGAUUCAUAGAGAGCCAAUUACUCCUCCUGGGACCAGACCGACUGGCGCAGUACUGGGUCGGAUUCGGGCACAUUAGUUUCUUCGAGAGGGUCAACAUCGACGACCACCUGGAUCCGAAUAUGAGCCGAUGA